AUGAAGAAAUUUCUCGCCUUCUCGACCUUGACCAGACGAAAUCGCCCUCCGCAGCAGGAAUACGACAACAUUCCGUUGAGCAACGAUGUGGGGGCAACCACCAAUCGUGAACGAAAGUUCAAGACCAUCAUUCAGGGCUCGAGUAAAGAAAGUAUCGAUGACCAAAUUGGCAGCCAACGCACAAAUACAGAAUACAACCCGCAAAUAUUGACCCGACCCAUCCUUCUUAUCUUUGCUUUCCUCUCGGCUGCAGUCGUUGCGUCCUUGCAAGGUAUCUACAGUCGUUCUCAGAGCAACCAAGGCAUUACUCAAUCUAAUGACAAUUUGCAUUACCUAUGGACCUACGGCCCGACCGCCAUUCUGAUCUUGUUUACCGUGGUAUGGCGUCAGGUGGAUUAUGCAGUAAAGUCUUUGCAGCCAUGGGCUGAGAUGGCAAAUGGUCCAGUCUCUGCAGAAAGAAGCCUUCUACUCGACUACGUCACGCCCUUCCAAGGAGUAGUUUUGUGGCGUUCAAUCUUCAGUGGCCACUAUGUCAUUACUCUAUCCAUCACAACCUUCUUCCUGACUAAAGCACUCACUAUUGUCUCGACUGGCUUGUUAACUCUGCAACCCCUCCGCAUCGACUCCAUUCGGACCACAAUUUCUUACGACACCAUAUUCAAUGGCUCGGCCUUUGACGGGGGCUCAGUCGUUGAUUCGAGGCCUGCCUACACGUUGUAUGCCAUCCAGGCAUUCAAUACGAGUUACCCAGCUGGAACGACUGACAUGUACGCUGUGCAGCAAUUCUCUCAAUCAGGAAACACGAGUGACAUAGAGUCCUACACAGCGAUAACCGAUGUCUUCACGACCAGUGUUGAAUGUGAGAUUGGGUCCAUGAAUUAUACCCUUGGCUACAAUACCCUAACAGACACUACUCCGGUCUCCAGCUAUUGGAAUACAACAGUUUCUCUCCCCGGAUGUGAAGUCCGUGAGGCUUCCUUGGACGCCCCUAGUUGGAUGUACAACACCUCCGACGACAAUCCUGAGCCAAACUACGGUUACUUUGCAAGUUUCCAGCCGGUCAACUGCUCCAAUUUGGCCAAUGACGAUCGGGAAAAGUGGAGAUUCAUGGUGGCUGCUUUACACGUCAAAGGUGUCAGGCAAAAUGCAAAUGAAGUCCUUGAGGGCUUGGGACUUGUUUGCAUACCGAAAUAUAGCAUUCAGCCUGCAACAGUCACAUCAGACUCGUUUAACAACGUCCAAGAGGUGGUCUUUUCAAAUGAUACAUCUCGUCAACUGGAAGGGGUAACGGAUGCUGAUAUCACAAAUGGUGUCGAAAGCACAAAUCAGUUGGCUCUGAAUAUCGCCAUUAAUCUUGAUUUAGAUCUAAGGUUGGACGGCUUCAUUGAGUUGGGUGCUGCAGAGAUGAACAUCAGUGACAUGCAAGAACUCCUUAAUCCUGACGUUUUGGAGCUACUGGCAAAGCGCACCUACCAAAGACUUUCUGCACAGAUAGCUCAUACUUUCCUGACAUCCCCUGUCGGCGGUCAAGAUGAUUCCACGUCUAUCCCGGCCACCACAUCACAAAACGAGUUCCGUCUUGUUGUCCGCCAACUACCAACUCGGAUUAUGCAAGGCCUGGCCGCUGCAAUCUGCUUUCUCGCCAUGACCAUGGCCUUCACCGUUCCUAGAGGAGUGGUUCCUAGAAACAUUGAUGCAAUUGCUCCGCUGGCAGCAAUAAUAGCUCGAAGUCCGACAUUACAAAGACAGCUCUGCAUGGUCGGCCAUCUCAAUAUGGAAGACCUACGUAAACUUCUUUCCCAGUAUGAGUACCGAACCGUCAUGGAGGAUCGAUUGGGCACAUCCACGUUCUCGAUUCAAGGCCUUUCCAAGGAUGCUACUCACUCAGAGGGCCGUCACAUGGAAAGAUCUCGCACUCUAGAAACGUUCCAGUGGUGGCGUCCUUGGGUCCUCACCCGUCGUGCCAUGGUAGGCUGCUUGAUUACGCCAAUUGCGGCCAUCAUUGGCCUUGAGAUUACGCUUCGCCAGUCGGACAAGAAUGCUGGGCUUAGUGAUGUCGACGCUGAAUCUUUAACUAGAUAUGCGUGGAUUUACAUUCCAACUCUAGUCUUUGUCCUGAUAGGAACGCUUUAUAAUACUGUCGACUUUGAGUUGGAGCUGUCUGCACCCUACUACGCGCUCUCCAAGGAAUACUGUGAUGCUCAAUCAAGUAUGUUCUACAAUCAUUUCCGGGGAUUUGCGCUUCAAAGCGUUUGGCUCGCACUUCGGAAACGGAAAUUCGCCCUUGCAGCAGCUUCUGUUUCCGUUAUACUUUCGCCUCUCCUUACAAUUGUUGUAAGUGGCUUAUUCUUGCCACAGGCUACCACAGACAUCACCCCUUCCGAGCUACAAAGUCUAAGUUGGUUCAACACGACAGGUUGUGAAGAUUGUGACGCUCUAUACACCACCUCUAAGGCCAAGAGUAUCCCGGGGUUGAUAAUCCAAGGCAAUAUGUCUUACCCGGCAUGGACGUACGAUGAAGUGGCACUUCCACAAUUGUCAUUUUCAGACCCUGAGUUGGCAGGAGGCAGAAAAACGAUUCACAUGACAGGUACUGUUUCGCUGACGACUUCGGCGCUUCGCGCCGGCAUGAAUUGCACGCUCGUUCCGAAUGAUCUGUUGAAUGAGGUUGUUCUCAACGUGACUGACAAAUCUCUCACAACUAAUUUCACUUAUCCAACCUGCGGGUCCGACUUUGGCGACGAGAACUCGCGAACCACCAUAUAUAGCUACACAGAAACCCCAUGGUAUCUUGGCUCUGUAUCCAGCUUGGGUAACGACCUUCCGUGCCCUGUUUGGUCUUUGACCUAUGCUCUUAUCAACGAAAAGGAUGAGUUAGAGCAGCUCUCGGUUCACCUUUGUGCCCCAUCCGUUGAGAUGGUGGAGGUCAAUGCUACGUUCAAUCUUCCAGAUUUCUCCAUCACCGAAGCUCCAAUCGUCAAUGAGGACUCGGCCAUUUUAUUUUCUGACUGGUACGAUCCUUAUCCUGCCUAUGGUGACCUCAACAUCACCACUGGGAGCGUCAGCCAAGAAUUCAGUGCUAUGAUCGCCGGAAAAGAUGGCAAGCCGAUUACCGAGCUUGCGGACAGUAAGACUCUCAUCGCAUCAUACACGAAACUGUACCGCGUCUAUGCAGCACAGAUAUUCAAUACGGACUUCCGUUCAGCUUGGGACGAUCUGCCCAAGAAUCAAAGCCAGGCUAAUUCCAUUCCAGCACAUCAACUGGCGACACUCAGCAACCCAAACCGUGUCCGCUUGUUCCAGUCCAAAGUCUCAACUCGUAUCUUGCAAGGUUUGCUUGCUGGUCUGCUGGUCUGCGGCCUCUUCGUCUUCUUCCUUAUCGACGCGAGGAAGGUGCUUUCAAAACCACUGGGCACCAUUGCCGUAACCGCAACCUUGUUAGCUAGCAGUACACUAGUGGACGAGAAGUCUGGUAAUGCCCCUCCACUAGGAGCAGAGUGGUGGAGUGACAGGGAGUGGGAGAAGAGGGAAGUCUGGACUGACAAGCUGUUCAGAAUGGGCUGGUGGUACGAGCAUGAGAGCAGCAUCAUAACCGCCGUGGGCAAUGAUGAAAAUUCAGAUGACAACGUGAUCGGUAAGAGUGUCCCAGAAGAGCACAUGAGGAUGACGAAGGAUUUCAGGAUCGAUACCAAACCUCCAGUAUAG